GCGCUGACGUACGGAGCCCGGCUAAUCCCCGCUGGUGCACGCCGCGCGGACGCACAGCGUGGGGCAGAGCAGGACACCCAGGUUCAUCGCCUCGGGGAGGGCACACGCGGGAGAGGAAAAGGGGCGGCAAUUUCGACACCUGGCUGGGGAGCUGCAAAGCCCCUGCCAUGUGGCUGUACCUGGCGCUGGCGGCGCUGGCGUGGGCGCUGGGCUGGCUGGUGCGGGACCGCCGGACGCUGCCCUGCGUCGCGGACAAGCACGUCUUCAUCACGGGCUGCGACAGCGGCUUCGGCAACCUGCUGGCGCGGCGGCUCGACCGGGGCGGGUUCCGGGUGCUGGCGGCGUGCCUCACCCCGAAAGGGGCCGAGAGCCUGCGGCGCGCCUGCUCCGGCCACCUGCGCACCACGCUGCUCGACGUCACCCGCCCCGAGAGCGUCCGGCAGGCCGUGGCCUGGGUGCGCGCCGAGGUGGGCGAGAACGGGCUCUUCGGGCUGGUGAACAACGCGGGGGUGGCCCACCCCAUCGGCCCCACGGAGUGGAUGGCCCUGGAGGACUACCGCCAGGUGCUGGCCGUCAACGCGCUGGGCGUCAUCGAGGUGACGCUGGGGCUGCUGCCGCUGCUGAAGCGGGCGCGGGGCCGGGUGGUGAACACCUCCAGCGUGCUGGGCCGCCUCUCCGCCAACGGCGGGGGCUACUGCAUCUCCAAGUACUGCGUGGAAGCCUUCUCCGACAGCCUCAGGCGCGACAUGUACCACUUCGGGGUGAAGGUGAGCAUCGUGGAGCCCGGCUUCUUCAAGACGGCGGUCACCAACCUGGAGAGCAUCGAGGCGUCCCUGCGCCAGCUCUGGGACCGGCUGCCCCCCGAGACGCGCCUCAGCUACGGCGAGGACUUCUUCCGCAAGUACCUGAAGGUGCAGCGGCUCAUCAUGAACUUCAUCUGCGACGCGGACCUGGGCAAGGUGGCCUGGUGCAUGGAGCACGCGCUGCGGGCCCGGCACCCGCGCACCCGCUACAGCGCCGGCUGGGACGCCAAGCUGCUCUGGCUGCCCGCCUCCUACCUGCCCGCCUUCCUCGUCGACUUCGCCCUGGCCACCAUCCUGCCCAAGCCGGCCCACCGGGUCCGCUAGCCACCCCGGCAAUAAAGCGCUCGCCCCCA